AUGGCUACACCACUCGAUGAGAUACAAUGGAAGUCACCCGAAUGGAUCCAACAUUUCGGUCUCUACACCGCCAACGUUUUGGACUAUUUCGCUGCACUGCCCUUCUACGAUAGAACCUCCAAUAACCAAGUAGUACGAAUGCAGUUCCAGUUCACACCCCCACCUCAAGGCACAAACCCGGCUUAUUUCCUUCAGGAAAAGCUUCAGGAUAUGGUAGGAGUGGAGUUCAUAAUAUUAUACGUCCGAGAACCAGAUUUCUGGAUCAUUCGAAAACAGAAACGGUUGGAUAGACAAUCUGUUAUACCUCUCAAUGAUUAUUAUAUAGUGGGGGCAAACGUAUAUCAGGCACCUCGGAUCUAUGAUGUAUUAUCUAGUCGUUUGUUGGUGCUGACACUAAGUAUAAAGAAUUCCGUGAGUCUAUUGAAUACUUUGAAUGAGUUCCAGAUUGGUGAUGUCUCCGCCAGUUCAGGUUCAGGUUCAGGUUCAGGUUCUGGGCCCAGUGGAAGUUCAGCGCCCGGUGGAGGUUCCGGUUCAGGGGCUGGUUCAAAUUCCGGCUCAAAUUCCGGUUCAGGUGUUGCUGCCGGUAAUGGUGGUGGUACCGGCUUACUUACUGGACCUGCUACCGGGACUACUGGAUCUCCAGGCACACUUUUAAACCCAGGAACCGUAGGUGGAGGUAUAAGAGAUGGUCUACAACUGACUCCAAUGACAGUAGUCAAUCCUCUGACUUCAAUGCAGAACAAUGCUAACGGUAUGACGGGGGAAUCUACUCGAAUUAUCAGUUCCCAAGUUUAUGAUUCACUUUUGAAUGCCGUGGUGGCACUGGCUGGGCCAGUCUAUUUGGAUGAGGAUACAGUUUAA